CAGCUCUCCAUCUCCUCCAAUCCCUCCUCCUCUCAAUCCAAUCCAGAGAAAGGAAGAAGGGAAACGGAUCAAGGGUUCGCCGGAAUCCAUGGAUUCAAGAAAAUUCCGGCUAAACCUUCCGGCCGGCAUGGAAGCCUCUCUCCACAUUGAACCAGUUCCAACCCACUUCCCUCUUAUCCCCAAGCUAUCUUCUCCAUCAAAAACCACUUACAGCGAUAGAUUCAUUCCUUGUAGAUCGUCGUCGAGGCUCCAGAACUUUGGAUUGACGGAUAAACUUCGCCCGGUGAAGGAAGGGGGAAACGAGUUGUACUCAAGAUUGUUAAGAGCUGAGCUUCUUGGAGAUGAUUCGGCAAUGUGCUCGCCGGGGCAAGCGUCACCGAUAAGUCCGAAUAAGAAUUUGUUUCGGUUUAAGACUGAUCAUUCAGGGCCGAGCUCGCCGUUCUCUGGGGUGUCGUCGGGGCAGGCUGGUGGUGGAUAUGGGGAAGUAUCAACACCUCCUAAGGUUCCCAGGAAGGUCCCCAAAACUCCUCACAAGGUUCUGGAUGCCCCUUCACUACAAGAUGACUUUUACCUUAACCUUGUCGAUUGGUCAUCGCAAAAUGUACUCGCAGUUGGACUGGGGACGUGUGUUUAUCUCUGGAGUGCAACAACAAGCAAGGUGACGAAGCUAUGCGAUUUAGGCCCAAGAGAUGGUGUUUGUUCAGUUCAAUGGACUCGAGAAGGAUCAUAUCUAGCGAUAGGAACACUUCUUGGCGAUGUUCAGAUAUGGGACAGCACAAGGUGCAAAAAGAUUCGCACGAUGGGAGGACGACAGACGAGGACUGGAGUUCUCACAUGGAGUUCGCGCAUUUUAUCCUCUGGUGGCCGAGACAAAAACAUUCUUCAACAUGAUAUUCGUGUUUCAAGUGACUUUGUGAGCAAGCUCACCGGCCAUCGAUCAGAGAUAUGUGGGUUGAAAUGGUCUCACGAUGAUCGAGAGCUGGCAUCGGGUGGAAAUGACAAUCAGCUAUUAGUAUGGAACCAGCACUCUCAGCAGCCAGUUUUGAAACUCAUAGAGCAUACAGCUGCAGUCAAAGCCAUCGCCUGGUCACCGCAUCAGCACGGCCUUCUUGCGUCCGGAGGUGGAACUGCAGAUCGAUGCAUCCGUUUCUGGAACACAGUGAACAGUAAUAUGCUGAAUUUUGUAGACACUGGAAGUCAGGUCUGUAAUCUAGCAUGGAGUAAGAAUGUAAAUGAGCUAGUCAGCACUCAUGGGUAUUCCCAGAAUCAGAUUAUGGUAUGGAAAUAUCCGUCCAUGAGCAAGAUAACUACACUGACCGGUCACACUCUCCGGGUACUCUACCUCGCCGUUUCGCCAGAUGGACAGACAAUUGUGACCGGAGCCGGGGACGAGACAUUGAGAUUUUGGAAUGUUUUCCCAUCCAUGAAAACACCGACCCCUGUCCGAGAGACCGGAGUUUGGUCACUGGGCAGAACCCAUAUUCGGUGACAAGAACACUUCAACCUUUGU